UCCGAGGUCCAAAGGCUGAGGCUUCCGUUAGUUGCCCGGCACUCCUGAUCCGCGGUCCUGUGACGUGAGCGCCCCCCGGGAUUUUAUGUGUGGGGCGGGGAGGCAGAGAGACUAACGUAUUUCGUGGGAUAUCACACAUGCUAAGCAAUCCAUCUCUUAAGGGACAUCGCUUCAAGCUCUUAACUACCUGUCAGGGUCUCAUGCAGCACAAGCUGGCCUCACACUUGAUAUAGAGCUAAGGAUGGCCUUGAACUCCUGAUCCUCCUACCUUCAAAGUACUGAGAAGAUGGACCUGAACCUCGAUGUAUGUUUGCUAUAUGAGUGGUUGAACCUAACACCAGAACAUCCCAGAUAGCCUUUAUCAGAAAGGAUGGAGUUGGGAAAUGGAAAACUGCUUAGGACAGGACUGAACUCACUAAAUCAAGCAGUACAUCCAGCCCAGGGCCUGGCCUGGACUGAUGGGAAUCGUGUAGUCCUGACUGAUUUACAGCUUCACAGUGGAGAGGCCAAGUUCGGAGACUCCCAAGUCAUUGGAAGUUUUGAAUCUGUCUGUGGGGUUUCCUGGGCCCCAGUCAGCACAGUGCAUUUGCCUGCUCUGCUUGCCAUCCAGCACAGGACGCUGGUCUCCGUGUGGCAGCUGUGUCCUAGCACUGCAGGAUCAAGCAAAUGGCAGAUGUCUCAGACCUCUGAAAUCAGGGAGUCACUCCCUAUCCUUCCUCAGGGCUGCAUGUGGCACCCAAAGGAUGCUGUCCUCACUGUGCUGACUGCGAAGGAUGUUUCCAUUUUUCCUAAUGUCCACCAAGAUGGUUCCAGGGUAAAAGUGGACAUCAACACCAAGAGCCGCAUUUACUGUGCUUGUUGGACCCUAGAUGGCCAGCGGCUGGUGGUAGCAAUAGGCAGCAGCCUUUAUUCGUAUAUUUGGGACAGUUCUCAGAAGUCCCUUCAUAGAUGCUCCUUCUGCCCAGUGUUUCCUGUGAACUGUUCCAUCCGCUCCAUCACAGCCACCGUGAACUCACAGGUUGCUAUAGCCACUGAACUUCCACUUGAUAAGCUUUGUGGCUUAAAUGCAUCUGAAGCCUUUGACGGUCCACCUAAUGGUGACAAUGGUGCUGUACGUACUCGUCCUGUGGGUGAAAUACCUCCUGUAGAUGAGCAGGUCGCCACUACAGACAUGAAUUCUGGAGUAACAGUUGGUCCCUCUUCAGUUCCUCUGGAUCUGACUCACAUACACUUCAACCCAUCAGGAGCUGAGCAGAGUUCUCUUAUUUUUUUAAGAAACAAGGACUACUUGACAGGAACUGGUCAAGAUUCUUCACAUUUGAUCCUGGUAACCUUCAAGGAAGCAAUUACCAUGACAAAAAAGGUCGCAAUUCCGGGCAUUCUGGUUCCUGAUUUAAUAGCAUUUAACCUGACUGCACAGCUACUGGCUGUGACUUCCAACACGAGUAACGUAAUCUUGAUCUAUUCGGUUAUUCCAUCUUCUAUGCCAAAUGUGCAGCAGAUUCAGUUAGAGAGUAACGAAAGACCAAAGGGCCUAUGUUUCUUGACAGACAGAUUAUUAUUAAUUGCUGUAGGGAAACAAAAGCCCACUGAAGCAGCCUUUCUUCCUUCUUCAGAAUCUGAUCAGUAUACUGUUCGUCUGAUAGUUAGAGAAAUAACCCUGGGAAGAGAAUCUUCUGGAACAUCUGCUGAAAGUCAGGGUGCUUACUCUGACUUCAAGGCUCUAUUAAAUAAAGCAGAUAGAGAAAAAGAGUUCACUGAGAGCCUUUCCCCAUGUUCAAGUCCCCUGAGCCAAGGGCUCUUGCUAACAGCUAACUCCAGUACUCAGAGUGGGGGGUCUGGAAGAGCCCUUAUUCAAGAAAUUAAAAGCCCCUUGUCCGGUCUGCCCAGUGAUUCCAUUGGCCAUCAAACCCUUCACAGGCCCUCCUGGCUUUGCACAGCUUUGCCUAGACCUAGCAGGACCCCAGAGUACCCCAGCACCCCAGAUCUGAAUUCACCUCAAAGAGAGAACUUACAAAAAGAAAAGGAAACUUGCCCACUUUCCAGAGAACUGGUUGGGAUGCAACAGUAUCUUUCUGAACUCAUGGAUUUUCUACACAAGGAGAAACGAGUCUCUCCUGCUUAUCCACCCUCUCAGGAUCCUCCCUAUGUUCACCUCAUUUACCAGAAACCUCAUUCUGUAGAUCCUGCUGAGAGAAGAGCAGUGCUUCUCUGCGACGGCAAGCUAAGGCUCAGUACUGUUCAACAGGCGUUUGGCCUCCACCUUGUUGAAAUGCUGCACGAUUCCCACUGGAUCCUCCUCUCUGCUGACAGCCAAGAUUUUAUCCCAUUAACUUUCACAGCUGCCCAGACAGUCGUGGUGAGAGAUGGCAGCCUGGCCAAGCCAGAGGAAGCUAGGGGCUCUCUUUCUCACAAUCAGGAUUCUGAUCCUCCACCUGAAGUCUUCGGAGACCUUGCUACCCAGAAUGUAGAUACUGCGGGCUGUUUUAACAGUGUGACCUGAUGGCUGGUUUGUAGCGCGCAUGUGCUACCAGAUUCCCCUCGGCUGUGCGCUUCCGGGCAGCGGGGCAAGAGGCUGCUUAUGUACUCGUGAUUGUGCGCCACUUUAAGGACAGAAUUCUAAGAAUGAAACAAUACCACGUGAGCAUAUGGAUUGUACUUUUUAGUUUUUCGAGACUGGGUUUCUCUGUGUAGCCCUGGCUGUCCUGGAACUCACUCUGUAGACCAGGCUGGCCUCGAACUCAGAAAUCCACCUGCCUCUGCCUCCCAAGUGCUGGGAUUAAAGGUGUGCACCACCACCGCCCAGCUGGAUUGUACUUCAGGAUGCUCCAAGGCCUUGCUUUCCCAGGCUGGAAGCUGUGUUAGCGCUGAUGCAAUGGAGUAGCGGUAGGUCUUUUUGCUCUAAAGAUGCAGGUGAGAAGAGCUGCUGGGGAGCCUGUGCUUCAACGAAGCCUUUUAAUCCAGUUCCUGGGGCAGCAGGGACCCCCCACUUCUGCUCUCUGGACUGUCUGGAUCAGAAAGAAGUUCUGAGGCAGGCCUGCCCUCUGCAGAUGUCAAAACAACCCUCUUGCUCCUGUAUACAGUUCUGGCUGACAGAGGUCCAGAUACUGCUAAAAAGUGCUCUGGGCAAAAUUUUAAUAAACUUCCAAGAUUUGACCCUUCUGGGACCACCAGUGCUCUCGGCCACCCACUGGGGGAGACCAUGCCUUGCUCUCUUGUCUUUCUAUUUAUAGUCCUCUCUUUGAGAUGUGCUCUUUUAUUUUCCAGUUUAAGGAUCACAAAAAUUUCCCAUCCUUCCCUCCCAAGAAUAAGCCUUCUUAGUUAACUUUUCAUUUGUUUGUUUUGUUUUUGAGGUAGGGGCUCAGACCCAUCUUGAACACGGGUGCUCUGGCUUCCACUGAGCCAUGUGUCCCGAGCCCAACUUGCCACUUUAACUUUGGUAUUUUUCUCUUAACUCCUUUCAAACCUGAGAGACCAGUUUAGGAUCAGAAAGUAUUUUAAAAAGUUGAAAAUUUCACAAAAAAAUCCAAACGAGUUCUAGAAAGCCUCAGUUUGUGUAUACUUGAUAAGGCACCUACUUAGUACAGUAGGAAAGACCCUGAUCCCUUAAUCUGCACCUAGCUGUGCAGGCAGUAUCCGUAUUCCAGGCCAGGCCCUGCGGCCAGCAGAUUGACCAGGUGUGGGGGGUUGGGAGAGAGCAGCACAUCUACAGAUGCCUUGUUUCAGCCAUUGAGGCUCCAUUAACACACGUACUCCCCCUCCUUUUUCCUUUAAAAGCACCCAGAGAGGAAAUCUCUUGUGCCUUUGGGGACUCCUGUCUGUCUGUUGCAGUUUAUGAAGAUGGACCUGGGCUAGGAAAGAUGCAAAGGCCCAUUUUGCGGUUCAGAUGCAUUAGACAACUGCUGGGAUAAUGGACAGGAAGUCAGCACUUCUGUCAUCAGUGGCCUGGAGAGUGGUGGCUUGAGAGGCAGGGCGGGGAGUAGGGUGGCUGAGGCCUGGCUCCAUCUGCAGAGGAAGUGUGUGGGGUGUGAUGAAGUCACUGCUAUUAUGAACACAGAGAGAGGGACUAAGGGACCCUGAGUAAGAUCAGUGUGACUGCUCAAGAUGUACUUUCUAAUCUCAGGGCGGAAUACUUGCAGUGAGUCUUCAAUACGGCCUCAGCCGCUGCGACUGUAUAGAUUGCUCUGAUGAUAUGGUCAUUCUAGAUUUACACAUGCAUAAAUGACAUUUUUAUAUUUCUUCUGGUGGACAUAGUGCAGAAUGAUGAUUGCUUCUUUAUAAUAAAUCUGAUUCCAACUGAU